AUGUUUCGUUUUUUUUGCAUUCAAAGUUUUAAUAUUGUCAAAGAGAUGAUAAAAUCUGUAAAAUUUUAUAAUAAAUAUGAAGAUCGUCUAUCUUAUAGCCAGAGUGUUCAGCGAACAGAUAAUAUAGAGAAUGGUAUCACGCCUUGGUCAAACAAAGACAUUGAUAUUAUCUUUGGAAGUUUCAAUCAUUUCAAGAGAUUCUAUCAGAUAAACGAUCAUGGCAAAGCGAAGCAAAUUCAACAAGAACUUAAAGAAGCGUACGACUUGAAACGUGAGUACGACGGUGCCAAAUCGUUUUACGAUAUGUACGAUGAACGUCUGUCUGAACACCAACAAACACUCAGAGCAAUCAACGUUCACAAUAGAAUGAAGGCUUGGUCAAACAAAGAUAUAGAUAUCGUAUUCGGCAGUUUUAGAGAUUAUAUGGAUUUCUAUGGAAUUGAUGAUUACAAAGAUGCAAAGAUGAUUCAAACCGGUUUAAAAGAAGCAUAUGAAGAUUUGUUUGGUGAUGAUGUAGAAGAAGAUGAAGAAGAAGAUGAUGAUGAUGUUAAUUACUAUGAAGAUGAUGAUGAUGACGACGAUAGAUAUUAUAAUAAUAAUUAUAAUAGUAGUAGUAGUGAUGAAAGUAGUAGUGAUUGUUAUGGAUAUAAUAAUAAUAAUAGUAAUAAUAGUGGUGAUAGUGAAGAAGAAGAAGAAGAUAGAACACAGAAAUGGUCAAACAAAUAUAUUAAUAAUAGAUAUGGUAGUUUUACUCAAUUCAUGAUGGCAAAAGGAAUAUCAAACUACAGAACAGCAAAAGAAUUACAAUCACUUUUGAAAUUCUAUGAACAACAUCAAUAA